AUGGUUCAGUUGUCUACCUUCGUCGGGGCCCUUGCCCUGGCCUUCUCCGUUGCCCAGGCAGCCCCUGACCUCUCGUCCCGUGCCAGCCUUCCCGACCCGGCCGGCGAGAAGAACGUCGGCAACGGAUCAGGUGCUCAGUUCAUCGGCGGCCAGUGUCUAGGGAAAGCCGACUGCGCCUCCGGCUGCUGUGCGACGCUCCCUCAGGGAGGACAGACUAUCGGCGUCUGCUCUGGCGUCGGUGCUCAAACCCAAGCUGGAAAGCAAGGCUGUGGUUUUGAGAGCGGUGGAGGUGGUGGUGGUGGUGGCAGCGGCAGCGGUUCGGGUGGCUCAGGUGGUGGUACCACAACCGGCAACAACCAAAACAAAGGCGGCCAAAAGAACGCCCAGGCUGGCGGCAACGGUGGUGGCAACGGCGGUGGCACCGUCAAGGCCAGCCCGCUGAAGCAAGAUCCCGCCGGUGCGGGCAAUGUCGGGAACGGCCAGGGCAAGCAGUUUAUCACGGGCGGCUGCACUAGCGAUGCCGACUGCGCGUCUAAGUGCUGUGCGCUGGUCAACACGGGCCAGGACAAGUUCGGGAUCUGCUCUGGCCCUGCGGUGAGCACCGCGCAGGGCAAGCAGGGCUCGACGUCAGAGACGGCGCCACAAAACCUCCUCGAUCUCUACGACACCACCCGAGCAAAAGGCCGAUGUUCACACGAGUUGGCCACAGGCUUCUACAGCACAGACGGCGGUUCUAACAACUUCGCUUACUGCGGUGAUCGCCUCUCCACUUCAGGUAUAAUCUACCUCCAAGGCCGCCACGGCACCCUCGCCAACCUCGACGUCGACUGCGAUGGUACUGGGAAUGGCAGCAACGGCACGGCGAGCCCGAGCAACGACGGCCGAUGCCGCGUCGACCUUAGUCCCGACACCCAAAAUACCACCACGUUCCGCGAUACCCUUGCUGGCUACGGUCACGGCCUGACCGACCUCAACCCAUACGUGCACCCGUACGUGGUGUUUGGCAAUGCGCGCGGCACCCACAACCGACAUGGGUGGAAGGCAUUUGACCCGACGGCACAUGGCAUGCGACCGCUGAGCGUGAUGGCAGUGGUGUGUCCCAACCGUGAGAUGGUGUACGGGAUCUGGGGGGACACUAAUGGUGACGAUGGGGAUAAGCCGAUGGUGGGCGAGGCGUCCCUCGCGCUGGUGACGGCCUGUGGGGGCAAGAACGUUACGGGAGGCAAUGGCAUUGACGAGGACACGACGCUUUUUGUUGGGUUCGUUGGUGAGGAUGCCGUGCCAGGUGCUAACGGGGCAAAUUGGACGGCCCAGGAUUUCGACACGUUUGAGAACAGCAUCCAGCCGCUAGGGAAUCAGUUGGUGGAGAGAGUACGGCCGGAUGAAGAGGACGCGUCGUCGUCGGUCCGAUCAGGUUGGUCGCAGGUGAUGUUCUCAAUCGCCGUGGUGUUAUUUUCUCGUAUUCUCUAA